AUCUUAUCAUUUUUAACGUCUUAUUCUGUGCUGUGAUUCCACCAAAUUCUAAUUUUAUUCCCGUUUAGAUUCGUUAGUUUAAUUUAACAUUAAGUUUUUAUUCUUAUGCAUUUACAGCAAAAGUUAUAACAUCAUAAUAUUACAUAAAUAUUAAUUUUCCUAUGUAGCUCUUGCUAUUAUAAAUUAGAUUACCAAAAGUUUUCUGCACCACUAAACAACAAUUUCUAUGAUAUCUCGGAGAUUUUAUGAAUUUCCUUUCGAUAGGUUUACUAUGACAUGAUGUGCAAACAGACUGGUUACAGCAGUACUCUUAAAUGUAUUUUGUUUAUUUAAAUAUACAUGAGCAAUAUAAAGUUUUCUAAAACUAUGUUGUAAUAUUUUUUACAACAAUGGAUUUAUUAAAAGCACCAUCAGUACAGUCGCUACUGGAUUCAGAUUUGGAAUCAGUUGAAAGUUUACAAUAUCUGGAUAUUGAAGAGUUAGAUGAAGUGGAAUAUGCAUUACCAGCAAGUGAAGCACCAACUCUAGCAGAAAUUUUAUCAACUAAUGAGGAAGAGAAAGAAAACAAUCCAAUUAAAGACACUGAAGAACCAUCAACUUGUUCUGCUUUACAAUUAGAUUUUUUACAGGCAGUAUCACAACAGUUGGCACAGGCACAAGAGCGGUCCUCGGCAGGAGCUGUAACAACUUUGAGUGUGGGAAAAGAUGGAAAGUUAACAGUAGGAACAGCGCAUGGUCACCUUAUAUCAUUUUAUGAACAGACUUUACGUUGGGUGUGCGACGCAAAUAUGGACCGUGGUGCUGUAUCAUGUUUGUCGUAUAACACUGACAGUACUCGUUUACUCACUGGAUAUGCUCGAGGAUUAAUAUGUCAAUAUGAAAGUGUUCGAGGAAUACUGCUCAGAAAACUGACAUUAGGUGGUGAAAUUUGGGGUAUAUUGCGAGUCACUUGGGCUGGAACCUCAGGUCUUGCACUUGACACUGGAGGAUCAGUUUGGUUGAUGAAAUUUUCAAGACCUCUUGGUGUACGUUCUGCUCGCACGUCGUGUCUUUUUUCGGGUGCUAGAGGAGAAGUUGUAGCAAUGACUGCACGGGAUGCUCGUAUUUUAGCAUUAGCGACUUUGUCACGUGUUAUUAUUGUAGCUGGCGGUCACGCUGCAGGAAUCAGAUUAGGCGGACCACCAGACACACUUCCUGUUUUAGAGUGGAGUGAAACUGACAACAGAAUACUGGUAUGCGCCCGGUCAACAACCUUGCAGUGGCUAUCUGUGGCUGUAACUGGAUCCUCCAUUACCCUUCGUCUGGUUCAACGCGUCCAAUUAAAAACUACACCUUUAUGGCUCGGUUGGUUAGGUGGAAGUUUAGCUAUAUUCGAUUCAGACGAGAAUUUACGUUUGUGGGGAGAUGAUUACGAUAAAGUUUUGGAUCUAUCUCAAAUUGAGCCUGUUUAUGCAUCAGCAUUUUUUAAGGGACUUUGGACGGAUGGUCGAGUUUCGCGUGCGAUGUGUUCAGCUGGUGUGAGUGCUCUUGGCGGCGCUUGUGUCAUUGAAGGUGCAUUAUCGCUCCUCGGCCGCAAAGGAAUUGUGCGAGUACGACCAAGAGACGUCUUAACUAGAGCACAAGGUUUAAUAUCUUGUGGACAUUAUUUACAAGCAUUACGAGUACUCUGUUCCACUCAAGGAAAUGCAGCGAAAGAACUUGCAAUUCAAUUUAUACAAAAUAUAUCCGAAAAACCACAUGUGCUGAAUAAUAAAAUUGUUGCAGACGAAACAAUAAAAUUGUGUUUAAAGUUUGGUUUAAGCGACGAAUUAUGGUAUAAUCUAUGGGAAAAUUGUUCUGGUGAAUAUGCAUUUGUGGAAGCUUUGGGUGACGCGGCUGUUCGCGGUGAACUGACCGAAGCACCACCCUCUCCAGAUUCCACACAGGCUUUAAUCGAAUUACUGGCCGAAUUUGAACCAGGUCUUGUAGAAAGAGUUGUAGCAUCUUUGCCACUUACCUCCAUCGACCCGCAUCGUGCUAGUGUUUUUACGAGAGAAAAAGGCUUGUGGCGCGGCGUAGGUGCAAUCGCAGCUGCUUUAGGAGGCAGCAGUGGCGCGAUGCGAGAAUUAGUAAAGUUCGUAGACCCGUCGUGCCCUUCGGCCGACGGCAGCGGUGAGUGCCGGUGCGCGGGCGCGGCGCUGGUGGUGGCGGCUGCGGACGCGCUGGCCGGGCGCGGCGCCGGCGGCCGCCCGCUGCCCGAGCACGCGCAGCCCUCCGCGCGGCACGACGCCCUGCACGCGCUGCUCGCCGACGACGAGGGAGGGCCUGCCCCGCUGCUGGCGCUGGUACGGCACGAGGCCGCGGCAGCGGCGCGGCUGCUAGAGCAGAGCGCGCGCGAGCCACCGUUCGCGGGCCCGCUCGCCAAACAAAAUCGGCUACGUGUCGCUCGUGCACUACUCGCCUACUCCCGCGACCUGCAGAAUGCAGAGGGAUGUACUGAAAUAUUAGAGUUUAUUACGAAUCAGCUGAAUACGGGCGCCUUGCCACCUGAUCAAGAAGUCAUAAAAGGUGCGCAGGAAUUGGCGACUGUAUGCAGCGGAGAGAGGGGAGACAGAGCGUGGCUGGCAUUGAUGCUGCGAACGAGACCGCAGCGGGAACAACUGGCCGCCCUACGGGAUGCGGCGCUAUGUCGGCCACGAGCACUGUGGCGACUCGACACGCUGCUCGAGCGGCACGACGACGUGUUACGGGAUUUCUUUUUAAUAGAAUCCCCCACUACCCGAGACACUGACGAAUUCUUCGAGUAUUUAAGGAGUAGAAACGAAGCCAACGGAAGUUUGUUUGAAUCAUACCAAUUCGAAAAACGUUGCGAACUACUACGAUCACUAGUGUUACUGCGGCCACGAGCCGCAGCCACUCUAAUCAACGAAGAUAAUGCCGACGUCGUCGUCGCUGUAAUAGAUAGUACGAGGGACGAACGAGUCCUCGAGUUCGUCACGUGUCUUCUCGACGUGGGUCUCGUCCGAGGCGACGUCGCCGCCGCUCAUCUGCGAAGGCUGUGCACAUUGAGACCGGACGCCGUGAAAGCUUUUCUAUUAAAAAAUCCGGGCCUCGUGCGACCGGAGGAGGCCCUGGCGAUCGUGCGGGAGACGAAAGUGGAGGACGCCAAGUCGGUGUGCCUCGAGGCGACCGGCGACCCCGAGGGGGCGCUGGACGCGAUACUGGAACUCAUGAGGUCCGACCUGAGCGAAGAGGCGAGCGCUCGUCUGGUGCGGGAGGCGGGCGCGGUAUGCGCGCGUGCGGCUCGCGGCGCGCCGUCGGCGGCGGCGGCCGCACUGUGGGCCCGUCUACUGCGGCGCGCACCGCACGUGCCUCCCGCGUUGCUGCUGGACGCGGCCGCCUGGCUGCCCGCGGAAGCGCUGUUAGCCGGAGCCGGCCACGAGCCGCGCGCCGCGCUGGCCAUGCUGGCGUGUGCGGCGGGGCGGCGGCGCGGCUGGGCGGCGGCGACGCGUGCGGCGGGCCGCGAGGCGCACGAGGCGUUGGCGCGCGCGCUGGCGGCGUCGCGGCGCGGAGUGGCGGUGCGCGGGCGCUGCAUUCGCUGCAGCGGGCGACUGUCGUCGCGGCCGCCGGUGCGCACCACGCACUGCGCGCGCGCCGCUCACGGCUCUUGCGCGCACGACACCGCCUGCGCGUCCUGCGGCGAACGCCUGCCCUCGGAGGUGGUCGCGCUGCCGCCGCGCUCGCGCCGCCGGUCGCCGUCCCCGCAGGAACAUGAUCUAAAUCUUGUCGCACCCCCGCGUCCCGAUCUCGAAGGUGUUGUGUAACGUUGGCGUGUUAUUACAAAAGUGUAGUUCUAACCUAAGCUAAUGGGUUAAGAGCGAGGCAAUGUCGAUGACAAUAGUGAUAUUCUAAAGUUCACAAAUUAAUGUAUUUAUAUAGCAUUGUAAUUAGAGCAAUUAUACAGCUUCGACAGACCUUGAUGCAGUUUAACGAA